CCGGUCAGAGCAGAAGAAGUUGAACCUCGUGUGUCUGCCUGCUGGAGUGGUUCUGCUGGAUGUAGUGAUUGACCGGGAUCAUAAACCAGGCAGCAGAUCAUCAAUUAUCGAUCAGAAAUGACUAAAGUGAAGAAGGAGAAGGUUUCGGACGGAGAGGAAGCGGCGGUGGAAGCGGCGGGACCCGAGCGGAGCUACGCCGAGCUGGUCGCUCACCUCAACCCCAUCGCCCAGCCGCUGGCCUCCAGGAAGCUCAGCAAGAAGCUCUACAAGUGCGUGAAGAAAGCCGCGAAGGGGAAGAACAUCCGGCGGGGAGUCAAGGAGGUCCAGAAGUUCAUCAACAAAGGAGAGAAAGGCAUCGUGGUUCUGGCCGGAGACACGCUGCCCAUCGACGUCUACAGCCACCUUCCCGUCAUGUGUGAGGACCGCAGCCUGCCCUACGCCUACAUCCCGUCCAAAGUGGAUCUGGGCUCUUCCGCCGGCUCCAAGCGGCCGACCUGCGUCAUCCUGAUCAAACCGCAUGCUGACUACCAGGACGCCUACGAUGAGUGCCUGGAAGAGGUGUCUCUACUGCCCAAACCACUCUGAGCCAAUCAGGACGCAGCUUAUCUGAACUCAGCCAAUCAGGACGCAGCUUAUCUGAACUCAGCUAAUCAGGACGCCGUGCCAACCUUACAUUUAAAGGCGCAGUACGACCUGAUUUCUCCCAGAGUCUCCUGUUUCUCUGCUGCACUAGCAGUUUUUACCCGUUUCCAGUGUUUGUGCUAAGCUAAGCUAAUGUUGGACUGAAGGACGCUGCCCCCUGCUGGACACUGGAAGCCAUGUCUCUAGGGGGGGUUUUAUAUUAAAAGUGGUAAAAUUUGAGUUUCUGGAGUUAUUUGUUUGAAUAAACAUUAUUCAUAAAAUGUUUUCAGGAUAAAAGCUGUAGGAACUUGAUUUCUCCGGUUUGUCUUGUGCAAAAGUCUUCAAUCCCCCGACUCUUUGCGAAAUGUUCUUUUAAAAAAUUAACAGAAUAUUUUUAUUUUUCAUUUUGCAACAUGAGUUUUUUUUGUUUCCCAUUAUAACCUCAUUAAAUGUUAUUAGGAUUUUUCCAAACACUUUUACUUAAAACAUUUCUUCCACUUUGUAUAAUGCUUUUUGGUUUUCUGAACAGAAAAAAAGAAAGCUUAUAAUAGCUUCAUUCAUAAGUUUUAACAUUUUUAAGUGAGUUGAAGAAAGUGCCAAAUUGCUGCAACAACUCAAAAGGCCCAAUCAUUCCGCCAGUAUGUUUCAUUUAACAUGUUAAAAUCUUUUCUUAUAAUGAGCUGGUUUUUAUUUCUUAAAACUACAUUUUUCUGCUCGGUUUGUCCUAUUAAGUGGAAUUUUUUCAAUUGUGAUGUGCAACUUUAAAUUCUGUUUUUGUGUCUUUAAUAAAGAUUUUUUUUCAAUCACCUGCAGUUCUGCGGUUUGAGCACGUGGUGGCAGCAGAUCUCAGUUUAAGCCGAGAUUUUUUGCGGAAGAACAAGUCUGAUAUAUUUUCAUUCAUUUAUUAUAAAUGUUUAUUUUUACUUACCUGAGUUCAUUAAAUCUUUUUUUUUUUUUGCGAGUUUGUUAAUUUAAAUAUGAACUUUAGUUUGUUGUUGUUGUUAUGACCUCCGGACCGGUUCUGCUGCGGUCCGUUUGCCGAACCGUGAACUUUGUUCUCAGAUGUUCUGAAGAGUCCGGGUUCUGUGAGUCCAGAACCGUUUCUGAGCUCUGAGUGAAACCCCUUCGGAAUAAACCCGUUCUGACCCACAGAA